AUGACCGAGAAGGUACCUUUAACAUCGUCAACAGCCGUCACCGUCAACGAAGUACCGUCAAGCGCAAUAAACCCCUUCUCGACAACAUAUUUCAGCACAUCCAGAUCUCGGGGUCUAAAAGUAAACGUCAAAGCAUUGUCGUCAGGAACAAUACUGACAAUCUCGCCAACUGUGUCCACAUGUCCUUGCACAAAAUGCCCACCAAACCGCACAUGGCCAGCCACAGCACGUUCUAAAUUAACCUGGUCGCCGGUCUUCAACCCGCCUAAAUUACUUCUUCGCAACGUCUCAGGAGCAAUUCCGAUCUUAAACUCGUCCUUAUUAAACUCCGUCACUGUCAAACAAACGCCAUUAACUGCAAUCGAGUCACCCAAAUGGCAAUCAUCUAAAAUACUCGAGGCAUUGCUCACAGUCAGCGACACUCCAUUUCCUCCUGACUCGGACGAGUCCAAUUUAUUGUACUCUGAUACAGCUGGAAUGGUUAGCGGCAGGUCGGGGGGUGCGCCUCCGGCGGCUGGGGCUCCGCCCCAGACCCCGUGGCUCCUGCUUCGCAGGAGAUUGCUAGGAUUUUGGGGGUUCGAGCCGGGUUUGGAGUGGGAGAUUGAGUGA